GCGGCUCUCACCUGCGCUCCGGGCGCGGGCUCCGGCGGGCGGGGGCGGGGCGGGGCGGCCCUGGGGGCGGGGCCAGCCGUGGAUGGUGCCGGCCAGCGCCCCGCCCCGGGAGCCUACCCCGCUGCCCCCGGAUCGCGGCCUCCCGGCUCCCCGCCGCCCCUCCGUCAACGCCUCGACCGCCCGCGCACCCAUCCAUGGCCAGGAAGGUCCUGUCGCUGCUGCUGCCGUCGUUGCUGGCCGCGGUGGGCCUCGCCGGCCUCCUGCUGCUGUGCGUCCCCACCCGCGACGUCUGGGAGCCGCCCUCCUUCAAGGUGCACGCUCUGGCGUCCCGGCGCCCGGCGCAGUCCGCGGAGCAGCCGGCCCAGGCUGCGCCCGCGAGGCAGCCCUGGACCCCUACCCGCGCUCCGCCCCCCGGCCCCGCGGGGUGGAGUCCCCGGCCCCGCGAGCACCGCUCCCGGCCCCGCGCUCUCUGCUCCCCGCCGGGUCCACCGGGCGGCAGCGGCGCUUCGUGGGCGACACGGUGCUGGAGGCCAAAGUCCCGGGAACUCCCUGCUUACGGACCCUGUCACGGGUGCGGCCUAGGGGCUGUGUCUUCCCUGCCCGGACGCAGCCUCGGGGCUCCCUACGCCGCGGCAGGACACGCGCCUUCCAAACCAGUGCGGCCGCCAGGGGCACAUCGACUCAGGUAUGGGAUUGUUCUGGACGCUGGUUCUUCCCACACGUCCAUGUUCAUCUACAAGUGGCCGGCGGACAAGAAGAAUGACACAGGCAUCGUGAGCCAGCACAGCUCCUGUAACGUGCACGGUGGGGGCAUCUCCAGCUAUGCAGACAACCCUUCCGGGGCUGGGCAGAGUCUUGUCGAAUGCCUGGACCAGGCGCUUCGGGACGUGCCCAAGGACAGACACACGGGCACGCCCCUCUACCUGGGAGCCACGGCAGGCAUGCGCCUGCUCAACCUGACCCAUCCAGAGGCCGCGGCCAACGUGCUUGCAGCUGUGACCCAGACACUGACGCAGUACCCUUUUCACUUCCGUGGGGCCCGCAUCCUCUCGGGCCAGGACGAGGGGGUGUUUGGCUGGGUGACCGCCAACUACCUGCUGGAGAAGUUCAUCAAGUAUGGCUGGGUGGGCCAGUGGUUCCAGCCAAGGAAGGGGACGCUGGGGGCCAUGGACCUGGGGGGCGCGUCCACACAGAUCACCUUUGAGACAGCCAGCCCAGCUGAGGACCCAGCCAAUGAGGUCCAGCUGCGGCUCUACGGCCAGCACUACCGCGUCUACACCCACAGCUUCCUCUGCUAUGGCCGUGACCAGGUCCUCCAGAGGCUGCUGGCUGGAGCCCUCCAGACCCAUGGCCCCCACCCCUGCUGGCCGAGGGGCUACUCUGCCCAAGUGCAGCUCCAGGAUGUGUAUGAUUCGCCAUGCACGGCAGCCCAGGGACCCCUGACCUUCAACAGCAGUGCCAGCAUCAGCCUGUCGGGCAGCAGCGAGCCGGCCCUCUGCCGCAGCCUUGUCUCGCAGCUCUUCAACUUCUCCUCCUGCCACUUCUCUCAGUGCUCCUUCAAUGGCGUCUUCCAGCCCCCCGUGACAGGGAGCUUCAUCGCCUUCUCCGCUUUCUUCUACACUGUGGACUUCCUGAGGACCGUGAUGGGGCUGCCUGUGGCCACCCUGCAGCAGCUGGAGGUGGCCACCACCACUCUCUGCAGCCAGACGUGGAGUGAGCUGCAGGCUCGGGCACCCGGCGAGCGGGCCCACCUGCCCAACUACUGCGCUGGGGCCACGUUCAUGCAUCAGCUGCUGAGCCGAGGCUACGGCUUCGACGAGCGCGCCUUCAGCGGGGUGACCUUCCAGAACAAGGCCGGAGACACCGCGGUCGGCUGGGCGCUCGGCUAUAUGUUGAACCUGACCAACCUGAUCCCCGCCGACCCGCCGGGCUUGCGCAAGGGCACAGACUUCAGCUCCUGGGUCGUCCUCCUCCUGCUCUUCGCCGCCGUGCUCCUGGCCGCGCUCGUCCUGCUGCUGCGCCAGGCGCGCUCCGCCAAGUCGCCGGGCGCCAUCUAGGGGCGGGCUGGGCACAGCUGCCCAGCCCCAUCUCCCCCAGCCUUCCCCUCACGCCACCCCCCAACACCUCUGCCCCUAAUGCAGCCCCGGACGGAGACCGGGACUCUGGUGCCCACGCAGGGCCAGGCGGGAACUGAAUCCUGCCCCUCCUGCCCCCUCCAGCCUUGACUUUGCCUCAAGGCCUUGUGCUCCCCCUCUUCUUUUUGGGGGUAGGGGAUCAGACACCCCACAGCCCUCAGCCUGGGGCUCCAGGGAGUGGACCUUUUAUUCUGAUACUCAGGGCCCUCAGAGUCCCUCCUACCCCCACCCUCCAGAGUCCUGGUCUCUGGGGGAAAGGGGUCAGAGCCCACAGGCUAGGUGCCAGCCCAGUGCCUACUUGUAAAAAUUUUGAAUUAAAGAGUUUUUCCUAGA